AUGGUAGAGUUUGAGGAUGUGUUUCGCUUCCUGAAAGUGAAGAUGGCGGAGAGGACUCAGAUCGAAUCCCUGGAUUCCAAUGUCACCCUCUUCUGCCACAUCACAGAUUACGCAAAACUGGAUGUCAGCAUUAUGGGUAUUACGUGGUUUCUGAAAAGGCCAGGCUCUCCCGAGGAGGUGAAGCUGUUUGAGUAUUUUGGAAACAACAAUAAGACCACCCGACCUGGAGCCGUGGUGCCUCUAAAAAGACUGAAGGAAGGGGAUGCCUCACUGCAGCUGCCGGGGCUGCGACUGGAGGACGCAGGAGAGUACCGCUGUGAGGUGGUAGUCACCCCUGAGAGGGCACAGGGACACGUCUGUCUGGAGGUUGUAGCGUAUCCAGCCUGCAGCUUGUUGCCAGAGACAGCAAAAGUGGGAAUGAAUGAAGAAAUAACCCUUGAGUGUAAGGCAAGUGGGUUCUACCCAGAAUUCAUUGCCAUCACAUGGAGUAAGUGGACCAAGGAAGUUCCGUGGUUUGUAGAGAUUUCUGAGCACAUCAGCACAGCUCCCCUCAGCAAGAACAAGGAUGGCACAUUUAGCACGACUAGCUUGUUGAAGCUGAAGUCCUCCCUGGCAGACCGUGGGAAUGUUUAUCAGUGUGUGGUACACCACAGCUCCUCCACCCUGCUGAGAUGCAACAGCACCCUGAUUGUGAACACUGCUGUCUUGACAGACAAACAUCCAGAAACAAUCAUUCUUCGUCAUGAAUGUGAAGACGACAGUCAUGUGGCAGCCUACAGUGGGGCUUGAUGUCCAUGCCCUUUGCUGUGUAGCUUUAACUUUGCAGACUUGUCCGGUUGUUCACUGCCCUUGACACUGAGCUGGACGCUGACUGCUUUGGGCCUAUAUCGUUGUAAGGAAACAAAGACGUGGCGAUCUCCAACCUCAGCCUCCAGAGGCCUGGGUGUACACUUUCCCUUUCUUGGACCUCACCCAGAGGAGGGCAUUUCUGAGCUCGCCAGUGGGAGAUGGGAGCCACGGAGAGCGGUCUGAGGCCAGCCUCCAUCCAGUUCAGCUCCUCGACAUGUGACCAAAGCUAGCUGACCUCAGUACUGCCACCAGAGCCAACUCUCAAAUGUGUGAGCAAUAUUUUAAAGUCACUGUGUUUAAACUGUCUUAUCACAUGGCAAGUCUGUGCCUACCUGUCUACCUUGGAAGCAGCAGUCAAGAGAUCAAACGAAGCAUUGCACUGGGUAAAGCUGCUGCGCAAGACCUCUGUAAAGCAUUGAAAAGCUAAGUAAAACAAUGUUACUUUGAGGAAUAGGGUAGGCCUGGAGCAAGUCAUGAUAUUCUUAAUCACCUCAAAUGGAUGUGAAAGUUGGACAUUGAAGAAAGAAAACCAAAGAAGAAUUGAGUGUUUGAAUGAUGGUGCUGCUGAAGAAUUUUGAAAGUACCGUAGAGUGCUACUAAAAGGAGUGACGGAUCUGUCUUAGAAGUUCGGCCAGCAUGCUCCUUGGA